AUAAGACUUCUUCCCUCUCGAAAGUGAAGAAAUCGAUAUCGAGUUCCGGGUUUGAAGUACAGCUUGGCUAAUGUGAUAAAGUCGCUUAUAAAAGAUAUCUUGAACCUCAGUCUUCAAUCACUUGUGAAACAAUCUUCCAACUGGGAAGAAAUUUCAGUGAUUUUACGUGACAAACUCUAUUGCGCAAAAUGUUUCAAAUGUUGUUGCUUUUACUUGUAUUAGUGCUUCUGGUGAAGCUUAUCAUUGACAAGGGGUAUGAAAAUGAGAAUUUCUUCAAAGAGAGAGGCAUCAAGUUUGCACAACCUUACUUCAUGUUUGGAAAUUCUGGAAAUCUUGUUACACGCAGGAGAACAGUAAUAGAAUUCCUCGUGGAUAUGCACAAAUCUUUUCCGACUGAGAAGAUCUUCGGUUUAUUUGAAUUCCGUCGACCAAUUGUCGUGUUGAAGGAUCCAAAUCUUGUUAAGCAACUGACUGUGAAGGAAUUCAAUCACUUCGUCAAUCGCCGCAAUUUCCUUGACGAUGAUGUUGAGCCUGUCUUUUCAAAGUCUCUCCUUUUACUCAGAGGAAAUGAUUGGCGAGACAUGAGAGCCACUCUGAGUCCAGCAUUCACUGGAAGCAAGAUGCGAUUGAUGUUCGAACUCAUUUCUGAGUGUUCGAAUCAAAUGGUUGAAUUUAUCAACAAGGAAACGAAGGAAAAGGGAAUUCAGACGUACGAAAUGAAGGACUUUUGCUCUCGAAUGUCAAACGACAUUAUUGCAACGUGUGCUUUUGGCAUUCAAGUCAAUUCGCUGGAAAAUGAUAAGAACGAAUUCUUUAUAAAUUCAAAAGACUUGGUGAACUUUUUCAAGUUCCCCAGAUUUUUGAAAUUUCUAUUUUUAAUGGUAUUUCCAACAUUGGGCAGUGCAAUGAAGCUGAAGAUAUUUUCACAAAAUGCCAUUUCAUACUUUAGAAGAGCCAUUUACGACGCGAUGCAAUAUCGUGAGAAGAACAACAUAAUUCGUCCUGACAUGAUUCAUUUGCUGAUGGAAGCCAAGAAAGGAAGAUUAACGCAUCAGACUUCGGAUAAAGAAAUUGAUUCUGCCGGAUUUGCAACUGUUGAAGAGUCUCAAAUCGGAAAGCAAGAAGGAAAGAAUGAUCUUUCCGAUCACGAUAUUUUGGCACAAUGUUUCAUAUUUUUCUUUGCCGGAUUUGACACUGUUUCAACGGCGCUUUCGUUUCUGUGCUAUGAAAUGGCUGCAAAUCCGGAAAUCCAAGAGAGAGUCUUUAAAGAGAUUCAAGAAAUAGCGGAAGAAUUGGGAUCUAAACCUCUCAAUUACGAUUCUAUCCAGAAGAUGAAGUAUUUGGACAUGGUUGUCUCUGAGAGUUUACGAAAAUGGCCUCCAGUUCCUGCUGUGGACAGGAAAUGUACUAAAGAAUUUACUUUGAAGGAUGAUACAGGACUAAAUUACACGUUUGCAGAGGAUGAUAUAUUCAUGGUGCUAAUUGCAGCUUUUCAUUACGAUCCACAAUACUUUCCGGAUCCAGAGAAAUUCGAUCCCGAACGAUUUAGCGACGAGAACAAGGACAAAAUCGUUCCAGGAACUUACUUGCCAUUCGGAAUCGGGCCAAGGAACUGCAUUGGAUCUCGCUUCGCUCUGAUGGAUGUUAAAGCCAUUUUCUACCAUUUGCUGCUCAACUUUAAAAUUGAAGCCAAUGAAAGGACACAGAUUCCUCUGAAGCUCGCAAGGAAUUCUGUUAUGCUAGGCGAGAAAGGCAUUUGGGUUCAAUUAACUCCAAGAUCUAAAGAUUAAUUGAUAUAAAGUGU